GAAUGGGCUGCUUCUGGGGGGCUGAGAGGAAGUUCUGGACCUUGAGAGGAGUGUAUUCCACUCAAGUGGGCUUCUCAGGAGGAUACACGGUCAACCCUACUUACAAGGAAGUCUGCUCAGAAAAAACUGGCCAUGCAGAAGUUGUCCGGGUUGUGUACCAGCCAGAACACAUCAGCUUUGAGGAACUGCUCAAGGUCUUCUGGGAGAAUCACGACCCGACCCAAGGCAUGCGCCAAGGCAAUGACCACGGCACCCAGUACCGCUCGGCCAUCUAUGCGACCUCUGCCACACAGAUGGAGGCAGCCUUGAGGUCCAAGGAGGACUACCAGAAGGUUCUUUCAGAGCAUGGCUUUGGCCCCAUCACCACUGACGUCCGGGAGAGACAGACUUUCUACUAUGCAGAAGACUACCACCAGCAAUACCUGAGCAAGAACCCAGAUGGCUACUGCGGCCUUGGGGGCACAGGAGUUUCCUGUCCUUUGGGUGUUAAAAAAUAAUUUCCCCAUGGCAGAGAAAUUAGUAUUUUGCACGGUGGACCCUGGAGGCGCCAGUGAAAACACUGUCACCAAAUAGGAUGAUGUUUCUGUGAUUCACAUCAGUGGCUUUUUGAAGUCCACAUAGCAUAAAGGCAUUAAUAAAAAUCUGGCUUGCAUUGAGCUUCGAUUUUUAGGAAGUGCAAUGGCGAGUUGAUAAAAAUGUAAUUUGUUUUUGAAUAAGCUAGGGUGGGAGUCAAGCAUGAAAUUUUCUGGAUUAUUUAGGGUCUAAAUGGCAAUAAUGAAAACCCUGUUUCUGUCCUUCUGGGACUGUGGGUGCUGGCCAAGGAAGCUAAGGAAUGAAUCUGGGAGAUGCCUGGACAGGGCCAUGGGACAUUGGGAUCCUUGGUCUGUGUCCUACCCACCUCAUAUGCCCUCCUGCCCCCAGUGCCUUACAGUUCACAAGCAUUCACAGCUUCAAUUAAUCAUUUACUGAAAUGCUUUGCUCUGCUGAGCACAGAUGUGUGUAAAGGUCUUUCUCUCCCUUCCCAAUCCUCUUUGUGCAAAGAAAAAAUGUGAGUCACCUUAAUGAAUUCUAAUGCUUUGCCUAUAGCUAUGAGAAAUGCUUGUUCUAAUAAAAAUCUAC